GUACAAAAAUUGAAGUCAUGGAGUCAAAAGCCCAAAGCAAAGAUAACGGCUAUAAAUCCGCUCCAUUUCUCCUUCACAAGAAAAACUUCAAAAAAAAAAAAAAAAAAAAAAAAAAAAAACCUGCGUGUAAAUCGCUCUCUCCUCCGAUCCAAUAAAUUCAAAAUCAUCUUCUCCAAAAUUACUCAUUUUACAUCCGGGCAAAAAUGAGGCAAAAAAUUGCCGUUCAAAUUAGUCGGCAAUUUUUUGCCACCGAUGAUGAUUGUCUUCAUUUUUGCAGAUUUAAGGUCAGUGUCGGGCACCCAUUUUGAUUUUGAUUCCGAUUCUGAUUUUCCCCCCCUUUUUUUUUUUUUUUUUUUUUUCUUGUUUGGGGGUAAGUAAGAAUCCACUUACAAUUGAUUAAUUAAAUUAUAGUUGCAGAGGGGGAGGGUCUUGAUUUCAUUUUUUUUUCGGAAUUUUUAUUAAUUGUUAAUUUUCAAUCAAGCCUCUCCCUCGGAGGUUUCGUUGCUGAUAAUUUCGACACACUUUCUUCUGGGGGAAUUUUUUCCUGUUUUCUUCCUUUCUUUUUUUCGCCAAUUAUUGUUUGGUUUAUUGUAAUUUUCACACAUAGGUUGUCGAAUUAGGGUUUGUUAUUAUAGGGUUUGUCGAAUUACUUAUAGAAUGUUGUGAAAUUUACAAAACAAGAAAGGGGGAAACAAAAAUUAUCCUGGAUAAUCGACAUUCGAGAGGGUCGGUAAUAAAUAUUUUAUAUAGAUUUUAAUUUGUUACAAUGCCUGCUGUUGAUGUUGCUCUGAGUCCAAUCCACAAAGAGACGAACAGGGAUUCGUCGUCUGUUCAUCUCAACCGUCGAUUGGAAUCGAUCGUAAUCUACAUCACCGUGGGGGGUUCUUCAAUCCCAAUGCGUGUAAUGGAAUCCGAUUCCAUUGCAUCGGUUAAGCUCAGAAUACAAUCUUGUAAGGGUUUUGUAGUGAAGAAACAGAAGUUAGUUUUCGGUGGGAAAGAGCUGUCAAGAACCGAUUCACUAGUCAAAGACUACGGCAUUACGAAUGGGAAUGUCCUGCAUUUAGCUCUGAGAAUCUCCGACGUGCUUUUGAUCAAUGUGAGUACCGUUUGUGGGAAACAAUUCGAGCUUCAAGUUGAUAGGCACAGAAACGUAGGGUAUCUAAAGCGUAGAAUUAUCAAGAAAGGCAAAGGCAAAGGCUUUAUCGAUUUAGAAGAGCCCGUAAUCUUCUGCCAUGGUGAAAAGCUCGAAGAAGAUCAGAGACUAAUUAACGAUAUUAGCAAAGAUAACGACGCGGUAAUUCACUUGGUCGUGCAGAAAUCUGCUAAAGUUUGGACGAAGCCCGUUGAAAAAGACGUUGAACUUUCAAUUGUGGCCCCGCAUUCGGAUCGGUGCACUGAUAUCUCGGUUUUAUCGAGGGCCCCACUUGUUGAAGACUUUUUCUUGAAACCGAUUAUAGUGAAUCCGAAUGUGAAUUUGCCUCCCUUUUUGUGGGACAUGAUAGAUUCUGUUUUUGAAGGGUUAGCAAAUGGAAAGCAGCCGAUCAGAUCGUCCGAAGGCACGGGUGGGACCUACUUCAUGCAAGAUUCAACCGGUGAAAAGUACGUCUCGGUUUUUAAGCCAGUAGAUGAGGAGCCACUCGCUGUGAAUAAUCCUCAAGGCUUGCCCUUAUCCACUAGCGGCGAAGGACUGAAGAGAGGUACUCGAGUGGGCGAGGGUGCACUGAGAGAAGUUGCAGCUUAUUUAUUGGACCAUCCCAAAACGGGCCCGCGCUCGAAAUCAGACUCCCAAAUCGGUUUUGCCGGUGUACCACCGACCAUUAUGGUGAGGUGUCUGCACGGAGGAUUCCACCAUCCGGAAGGUUUCGAUCGUUCGAACGAGAAUAUUAAGACGGGAUCAAUGCAGAUGUAUAUGAAGAAUAAUGGAAGCUGCGAAGAUGUGGGACCCGGUGUUUUUCCCGUUGAGGAGGUUCAUAAGAUUAGUGUCUUCGAUAUAAGAACAGCCAAUGCAGAUAGACAUGCUGGGAAUAUUCUUCUCCGCAAAAAAGACGGUGAAAAAAACGGAAACAACAUUGUCCUAAUUCCAAUCGAUCACGGCUAUUGCUUGCCUGAAAAUUUUGAAGAUUGUACGUUUGAGUGGCUAUACUGGCCACAAACCCGCGAGCCGUUUUCGCAAGAGACGAAAGACUAUAUAAAAUCACUUGACGCUGAGCAAGAUUUAGCGAUUCUUGAUUUCCACGGAUUGAAUAUCUCACACGAGUGUGCGCUUACGCUACGCAUAUCUACAAUGCUUCUGAAGAAAGGGGCAGAAAGGGGAUUUACUCCUUUUGUGAUAGGAAGUAUUAUGUGCAGAGAAACCCUGAACAAGAAAUCGGUUAUAGAAGAGAUUGUCGACGAAGCAAAGGAAUAUUCCGUGAUUUCGGGUAUGACUGAAGCCGCAUUUCUCGAAACUGUGUCUGAAAUUAUGGAUGAAACUCUUGAUAAAUUGAUGAAGUGAUGGUAAAAUCUGUGUGGGUUGUCCUGAGUGUGUGUGUAUGUGUGUGUGUGUGUGUGUGUUUGUGUGUUGUGUGUGUAUGUAUAGGUUGGGUGUGUGUAUAUACAUAAAAUGUGGUGCCAUAAACAAAGAGGCAAUUACUUUUGUUUUGUUUGUACUCUUUGGGCCCUUAAAAAAGCUCUAAUUUUUUCCUAAGUUAUAUGAAAUGAUCUGUUGAACUACUUUGUAAUGUUGAACACACAUUUUUGAAGGAUGUGUUUGCAGAUGA